CGAGCAAGAGAGGGAAGAGGCGGCGUGUGGACCGCGCAAUGAAAAUUAGCACACCUUAAGUAUAGGUUUUAGCCACCCGACACGGCGGUUUGUUAAUUAGUAAUUAACGCGGGCUGACUGAAAAGCUUGUCCUCGGUUUGUUGUGUAGCCACGAGAGAUCAGAAAAAUCCCCCCAAAGAGCGAGGAUGUUGGUCCCCGCGGGAAGAUAAUGAAGAGGUUGCGCGUUUUGUUGGUGUGCCUCAUUGUAGCCCUCCUGUGCUGGUUCCCCAGUCAUCAUGUGUAUUGUUCAGAGCAGAGCUUGUCUGGUCCAGGUCAGUCUGCUGGGGACAACGAUGUUCACAGCCACAACCAGGAGCAGGACUCCACGCAGCACAAGGUGGCAGAAGAAUGGACAACACACACAUCCUACGACGUGGGACUGGAGACGGAGAGAGCAGCUGCACUAAAGCAGCUGGCAAUACACCACGACACACACCAAGAUAAUAAUGAACAGACUGUGAAUCCACAGGAGGCUGUAGUGGUGGAGGUUCAGGCUGAACCAGAGCCUGAUACUGUCCCUGCUGCUGCCGAGCCAGAACUCCACGGAGACGUCCAGGCUGAUGUGGAUCUCCCGACUGACAUCCUGGACCAGGACCAUGACCAGGAAGCACCAGCUUCCUCUACUGCUGACCCAGCUGCAGCUUCAGCACAGGGCCAAGCACCCACAGAACCACCAACCCCAGCCCCUGCAGAAAUCUCCAGUGACGUCCCGGCUCCUGAUCCCAGCCUGGACUCAACUCCAGCCCCUUCCCCAUCCUUAGAUGAAGCCGAACACACACCUACCUCACACAGUGCCAGCCCAGCCCACACAGGUGCAGUGUGGGUUGCCAGUGCUGGAGAUGAACCCCCAGUAGACAGCUUUGUCUUUGCUGUGCUCUCUGGCUUACAGUGCGGGGUCACUCCCCCCAAACUGGCAACCUGUGAAAACUCCCCUUUUGGCAGCCCUCUCUCCAGUGUGGAUGUGGCUGGUCUAGAGGACCAGAGGCCAGAGCAGGGCCAAGGUUCUGGUCCUGAAGCAGAGGUCCAAUCCCUUCAAGACCCUGUGGGCCAUGAGCAGCAGGAGUUGGACGAUGGGCUGUCUGAGCUGGACGAGGGAGUCAACACUUCCGACCCCAACCAAGAACAGCCGGCAGGAGACCCCAGCCUUGUCAAGGAAAUGGACCCUUCAGUGCCCAGCAAAGAGGACAUCCCCACCUUCGACGAGUGGAAAAAACAAGUCAUGGAGGUGGAGAAGGAGAAAAGUCAGUCCCUCCAUACCUCAACCAACGGCAGCCCACACCCAACAAAGAAGGUCCAGAAAAACUUCAAGAAUAACUAUGCCUCCGUUGAGUGUGGUGCCAAGAUACUCUCAGCUAACAACGAGGCCAAGAGCACUUCAGCUAUUCUCAUGGAAAACAUGGACCUUUACAUGCUAAAUCCUUGCAGCAACAAAAUCUGGUUUGUGAUCGAGCUCUGUGAGCCUAUUCAAGUGAAGCAGCUGGACAUUGCAAACUUUGAACUCUUCUCAUCCACGCCUAAAGACUUUCUAGUGUCCAUCAGUGACAGGUAUCCUACCAACAAGUGGGUAAAGCUGGGUACAUUUCAUGCCCGGGAUGAGCGCACCGUCCAGAGCUUCCCUUUGGAUGAGCAGCUUUAUGCCAAAUAUGUGAAGAUGUUCAUCAAGUACAUAAAGGUUGAGCUCCUCUCGCACUUUGGAUCAGAGCACUUCUGCCCCCUCAGUCUCAUCAGGGUUUUUGGCACCAGUAUGGUGGAGGAGUACGAGGAGAUAGCGGACUCCCAGUACCCCUCGGAGAGACUGGAGUACUUGGAUGAAGACUAUGACUAUCCACCUGGCUAUCAACCAUCUGAGGACAAGGCCUCUAAGAACCUGCUCGGCUCAGCCACCAAUGCCAUUCUGAACAUGGUCAACAACAUUGCUGCCAAUGUGCUUGGCGGCAAGCCAGGGCUUGACGGUGGAGCACAUACAGAAGCCAACUCCUCAGCAGAGGCCCAGAAUGAAACAGAGGGGAGCACGGAGGUCCUUAAACCCACUGCAACCUACAGUGGUUCUUCAACACUGGAGACAGCUGAGCCGGGCCAGCCUGCAUCCCAUAAGGAUACUGACUUGUCCAGAGACUCUGCCACACCCUCCCCCUCAUCUGACGACUCCCCUGAAGACAGACAGAUCGUCACUCUUGUGGAGGAGGAGGAAGACGAGGAGCCCAGACAGUCUACUGUCACCCUGAUGGAGGAGGAGGGAGAGGAGGAAGAGGAGGAGAGAGAAGAGCAGAUGAGGAGGGAGGCGAGGAGGAGACGGAGAGAGAGCCAGGUGUACUGUCCUUUCUCCUCUCUCUCCUCCAUCUCACUGUCCUGCAUGGCCACCCUGCCAGAGCUGCUGCAGCGCUGGUGUUCAGCGAGGCUGGCCAAGGAGAGGCAGCGCAGCCUCCGGCGGCGGCAGCUAAGCACUCAAACACAGACCCCCACUGAUGCACAAACACCUGCCCUCACACACACCCCGUCACAAGUCUCUGUCCCCGUCUCCACACCCACCCAGGAGGCCCUUCCCCUCACAGAGAAAGUUCCAGAGCCUGAGAUGCCUCUUCAGGGCCAAAAUGAGAUGAGAGCCUCUGCUGAGGUGCACACCCCACACACACAUCCCAGCACUCACACCCUUGACGCACAAACUCCAGAGGCCCAAAUUCUCCUGGAGCCUAGCAGAACCUCCACCAUCCCCCCUCACAGCUUCUCCCACACUUCCCUGUCCCGGCCUACCCCCAUCCAUGAGGAGAAGCCACUGCCUCCCAUUAAAGACGCAGCCCUGGACCCUGUUCACACUCCAGCUCUCCAAGGGGUCUCUGUCCCAGAGACACUACAGGCCACCAGUGCCACCCCUACCCUUACCUUAAGCUCUCCUCUGCAGCCUCUUACCCCCGAGACAGCCUCCUCUCCUCAAUUAGACAUUUUGCUUCCUUCUGUUAAGGAGCAGCCUGUCCAGCCCCUUCCCCUGGCCUCCAGACCUGCAGACCCAAUCCCCCCUCCCACUGAACUACACACAGCUCUCCCACUGACUGAAACUCACACAGACACUGUAAAGUUUGGAACAGACAGCGGAGACUCUCAGAAACACAGCCUCAAGGCUUCCCAGACCCACGGGGAGCAGGGUGAGCCACUCACCCAGGCCGGAGAGCCUCAUCGGGGGGAGGACGUGGUGGACGACCUCCUCAUGAGCUCUAGCAGCAAUGGGAACAUUCACCGGUCAGCCACAGACUUCUAUGCAGAGCUGCAGAAUGGAGGGGAUUAUGGUGGUGGGGCACUGAACGGAAAUGGGGCGUUACUGAAUGGGGGAGCGGUGCACGGCUCAAGCCAGAAGGAGAGUGUGUUCAUGAGGCUGAACAACAGGAUCAAAGCCCUGGAGAUGAACAUGAGUCUGUCCAGCAGAUAUCUGGAGGAGCUCAGCCAGAGAUACCGUAAGCAGAUGGAAGAGAUGCAGAGAGCAUUCAACAAGACCAUCAUCAAACUGCAGAACACCUCCCGCAUUGCUGAGGAGCAGGACCAGAAGCAGACAGAUUCCAUUCAGGUCCUGCAGAGCCAGCUGGAGAAUGUCACCAAACUGAUGCUCAAUCUCACUGCGACAGUCAGCCAGCUACAGAGAGAGGUCUCUGACCGUCAGAGUUACCUGGUGGUGUCUCUGGUCCUGUGUCUCUCCCUGGGCCUGCUGCUGUGCCUGCAGUGCUGCCGCAGCUCCACUCCCAACGCUCACACCAACACUGCUGCCCUGCCCAAGAGUAACCACUACCCCAGCCCCAAGAGAUGCUUCUCCUCUUAUGAUGAUAUGAGUCUAAAGCGCAGGGUCACCUGUCCGCUUGUUCGCUCUAAGUCGUUCCAGCUGUCUUCUACAGAAGUAGGUCCAGAUGACUUGUACAUUGUAGAACCUCUAAGGUUUUCUCCAGAGAAAAAGAAAAAACGCUGCAAGACAAAGUCGUCGGACAAGGUCGAGACUGUGAAGUUGUCCGACCCCUCUGCUCCGCUCACUAAUGGGGGUCUCAAAUGUAACGGCUUCCACCCCUGCCUGCCUCCCCCACCUGUGCCCGUGGCCCCGCCCUCUACUCCUCCUCCUCCUCCUCCUCCUCCCCCUCCCCCUCCUCCUCCACCUCUCCAUCCCUCUGUGGAGGAGGUGUCAUCGCUGUCCUCCUUCUCCUCCAAGGAGUGUCCCUCAGAGACCAGCAGCUGCAGCUCGUCCACCCACUCUGAGGAGUCCUACACGAGCCGCCUCCCGCCUCCUUCCCCCAUCUUCUCCUCCUCAGGCCUAUGCAACGGUCACGCCCUGUCGCUCGCCCUCCACCAGCCCCCCGCCAAGUCUCGACAGGAGAAGCGCUCGGUGAAGCGGCGGAAGUCACGGCAGGCGGAGCUGCAGUUCCCCUCCGUGCCAGGGGGAGGCGUUGGCUCUUUGCCCAGCCUGCAGCAGCUGAUGAAGGGAAACAAGGAGAUCAGUGUUGGGACCAUAGGAGUGACAGCUGUCACUGGACAUGUCUGAAUACACAUACACACACACACUUUUGAUCACUGUUUGCGCAGUUCAGUCACUUGUACCCAACUCUGUAUUUGCACCCUCACACAGACUAUAUGGUAGCAGACCCGAUGGGCAUAGUGAGGAAAUGAGGUCUUGCCACAUCUCAAAAGAACCACAUUUCCCAUGAGCUCCUGGCGCACCGUGGAAAUGAAGUGGCUAUGGCGACGGUAGCUGAGCAUCAUCCACUCUUUGAAGACGUCUAUAGCCCCUCCUAUCAGAGACCUGUUUACGGUUAUGUGCCUUUAUAUCUGUUCUAGACCUUUUAAUGAUAAAACAUAAAAUUCAAAGGAUUAUUCAUGUUUUUUUUUCAGACAGAGAGACACUAUGGUGGGGAGUGAAACAUUAAGACAAGUCAAACCCAUUUGAAGUGUGGAUGGGCUGUUUUCUACUGGAUAAGCACAUUGUUCCAUGACCCACCCCCCCAACCCAAUAAUUAGAGCACAGAGAGGAGGGGUGCUAGCUGGAGUGAAUCCCAACUCUUGUUCCCUACGUCAAAGGGGGCCUCAAGAAGUAUUUAGCUGCUCUGCUAGGAUGAAAUCUGUUAUGAGAGAACUGUGGAGCAUGACUACUUACUUGUCUUGUCGUUCUCAUUUUCCCUCUGUCCUCAUUGCCAUCAUUUUGUGCAUUCUGUCUGUUGUUCUAACCUAACACGAGUACAGUUGUUUUUACGGGACCAGGGUGUUGAGCUUUCACAUAGACCGCUCUUUUUCUCUGCCAGACUAUUCCAAGCCACCCGUCAGAGCUGAAUGAAGAAAGGCAUUCAGUACAAAGUUAAUCAGUGAGAAUGUGGUUAUGUUUAGCAUCCCACUUUAGCCCACACUGCAAAUACAAUAGCAGCAGUCUUGAAAAUCCUGCCUAGUUUACAAUGAAACGCUCAUCCUGUCGAUGGAGGUUGGGCUGGGCCCAAAAACCUUGUCCGUGUAUACAAACGCAUAUCCACAACACGUGAAGAGAGGUUGUGUAUUAUUGGUAGACACUGUGUGACAGGUCAAACAGGGUUAAGCAGACUAGAGGCCAGUUCUGUUUUUCUUCUUGUUCUCAUCCAUAAAUAAGCCGUGCUCUCAGCUGAUGGUUGCCCUUGUGGUCGGGCUGAUUUAUGCCUCAGAACUGUACGGAUGGGAAGGGUUGUCUCUAAGGGCACAAUGUAAGAGCACAUGUCUAGCUGAAUGUUUACAGAAUGUCACUCACACUACUGAAACCCUGCAGGGGACACAGAGAGACCAGUUUUAUUUAUCUAUUUAUUUAUUUAAAUUCCACAGAUGUGUCCUGUAUAUGAACUGUACAGUGCAGGUCCUGGCCUCUCAGUCUCCCAGUCCUGCAGUGUUGUAGUAGUAUGUCCAUGUGAGCUUGUUACAUAGAAAUAAUGCAAUAAAGUACACAAAGAGGUACUGAUGUAAUGGUCAUGGUGGAUGGCUCAUCCACACUUUAGUUUUAUGUUUUUUUACAUGUUGAGUUUCUGUGAUUUAUUGUUUGCUGCAAAUGGCUGGAUAGCCUGGGCUCUGAAGCUGUAACACCCAUCUGUUUGCCUCAAUGCUGCGCUACAACUUAUAUAUCCAACAAAAUAAUACAGUAAUAUUUUUAAGACUAUGUCUUCAAGGGUAAUGAGGAUUACCAGACUGCUACUUUUGUAUGGUUUUUAGAGAUACUGAAGUAGUGGAAAGGGAUACUGGGCUAAAGUCAGGAUGGUUGUAUAUUUUUGUCCUUCCUUUGUUGGAAGGCGAGCUGACUGACUUCACCUCAUCCUGUUCUCACCAGAGAGAGAACCUGAUUGACCUAAGAUAGCAUUCAUUUUAAAGCUAUAAAUGAGUAUAUAUGAUAAGUUAGAGAUAUGAAGAAGGGGUAUGAGUUUUUUUUGUUUUUUUUUUAACUAAGGAAAAGCAAGCAUCUGAUAGUUUUUGCUUCUGUAUGCGAUUUCUGACCAGCUCUGUCUGGUGUAAGGCUUGGUAAAUGGAUUUUAGACUGAGACACUGAAAAAAAAAAAAAAAUGCAAACCAAAACUCUACACUCCUGUUAGACUUUAAUUACCUCUGCUGACCAACCUCCAGUCCCCUUUUCUUUUUUCUGUUCAUUUGUCUCCACCACAGUCACCUCUGACCCCCACUGCAUGCAUUUCUUAGUGGCUGUGGAAAGAACUGAUAGAGUACGCCUGUUUUUUAUUAACCACUCUAGUUCCCAUUAGGAGACUGAAACGCUUUACUGUUCCACACCCCUGCUUUCCUGACUAGCCGCUUUUUGGUGUUUCUUAACUCUCGCUCGCUCACUCAUUCAUUCUUUUAUUCACCUGUCAUGUUCUUUGUCUGUUUGGCCCCACCUUGAGUGAAAAGUUGUGGUUUCUGAGGAGUAGGACAUGAGUUGGUCGUCUUGAAUAAAGGGAACGCAGCGAGGACGUGCAUGGAUUGGAACACUAUUUUAAUGUGACUGUAUGUUCCCCACACCCAGCAAAUCAUGACCUUUUUUUUUUUUUUUUAAAUGUGUAUGAUCUUAUGUUUGUGUGCGAGUGUGUAAACCUGUAUGCAUGUGAGUGAGGUUCUUUGUUGCUCUCGUGUGUUUGCCUGUGUUAUGAGAGAGACUACUCUGAAUCCGCUUGUCCCAUAACACAGUGAAUAGAGAGAUUGACCCUUGAUGAGAAAGCCCAGGAGCUCAGUGUGCACUUUGUAUAACUCCUCAUGCCUUUUGUUGUUUUUUCUAUUCUACCUUGUAUGUCAAGUGCUGUCUUUUCAGGCAUUUCUUUUAUUAUUUUUUUUCCUCUAUCUCUCUGUGAUUAUUCUGAAGAGCUGCACAGUAUUUUUGAGCGGGAGUGAGUGUAACUACAAAAAAUGUAGUGCCAUUAGAAACUGUGAAUUUCUAAAUAAAACUUUUUUUUGUUGUCUUUCA